AUUAAUAUAUAUAUUUUUAUUUACAUUGAGUCACUUAGGGCGUAACCGUCAGUGGCUGUCGAUUUCGUGUUGACAUAUAGCAAUCGUAUGUCCGAUGAUCUGUACGUUAUAAGAUAUUUUCUAAUCAUUUUCCCGCAAAUUCCAAGCUAUGGCUUCGACCCAUGAAUUUCAAGUUGAAAUGACAUGUGAAGGAUGUUCCGGAGCUGUGAAGAGAGUUCUGGAUAAAUUAGGUGAUAAAAUUAACAAAGUUGAUAUUGAUCUUGAGAAACAGAGAGUUUAUGUAGAAUCUUCAAUGUCUUCAGAAGAAUUACUUGCAGCAAUUAAGAAAACUGGAAAGACUUGUUCAUAUGUUGGAGUAAAAACUUAAAUUUUAUUAUUCAUUCAUCAUCAUAUUAUUUUGUUUUCAACGUGAUUUAUUUUUUAUAAUUAAAUGCUUUGUGUAAAAAUAAAAACUAUAAAAUAAAUUUCAAAGAAUAAAUUGUAUUCUGUUUUUAUUUAGACAUUUCUUUGGAAUUUGUAACAAGCAUUAUCAUGCAAAAAUUAAGUUUAAUCUCAGACAAAUUACAGUGUCAAAUAAACGUUUUAAUAUAGACAAUUCAUAGUGUUAUCGUACACGUACUUUUCGACAAAAC